UACACCGUGCACACUACUAGUGUGCCCGUGACGAAAAUCCACCGCAGUCCUUACCAAUACCACUGUCAUACACGUUGUGAAUAUCCUUGUCUUAUAGUUCGCAGGAUUUCAAUGUAAUUUCGAAUACGCGCGUGACCGACAACAAAACAAAAACUCUAAGGAAAAUUUGGUUAAGUAAAAAAAAUUAUAAAUUAUUUUCUAAGUAUCCGCGUGCAUUCGAGUUCGUGCAACAAUGUUCCGAGUCCGGCGUCGAUGUUAAUUAUUAUUAUUGUUAUUAACUGACGACUGUGUUUUGCAUAAAUUCGCCUGUCACAUACACGCAUAUAUGUUUAUAUAAUCUUAAUUUAGUGCCUCAAAAAUAUAUUAUUUAUAUUAGCCGUGCAGGCCUUGCGUCAUCACGCUGUCAACGAGUAUCAGGAUCGCCGCCCGACCCAAAUGCACUCCGGGUAAUGUCGGAAAUAUGCUUAGGGUAGACGACUGUGUGGUGUUAAGACGAGUCUCCAUGGGCGGUGGUGAAGAAAAUCCAGAGCCACCAACUGAAGUAGGAAGUCGUCGGACAAGCAACGUACUUAAAAACGAACUUUUGUUGCAUGAAGCUGUUAUAAAAAAUGACCCAGAUGCUGUAAAAAGAGUAAUCAAAGAACCAUUAGAUGUAAACUCCCGAAAUAAUUAUGGCAGAGCUCCUAUUCAUUGGGCAUCUUCAAGAGGAAAUACUGAAAUUAUGGAAAUGCUUAUAAAUGCAAAGUGUGAUAUUGAAGCCAAAGACAAAUACGGGAUGCGUCCGAUAUUAAUGGCUGCUUGGCAUGGCCACACGGAUGCUGUCCAGAUGCUUAUCAACUACGGAGCGAGUGUAAACACAAUAAAUAAGAAGCAAUACACGUUGCUCAUGUGUGCGGCAAGAAACAACCGUCUGUCAGUGGUAAACUUCCUGUUGGACACCAUUGAGGACGUCGGACUGGAUGCAUUCGAUACGGACCAUCAGACAGCUCUGCAUCACGCGGCGAUCGCAGGUCACACUCACGUGGUGCGGAGGCUAGUGCACGCCGGAGCCAACACGAGCACCACGAACAAGCAAGGGCGAACACCACUACAUUCCGCGUGCGAAAAAGGCCACGUCGAUGUGGUCGAAUUUUUACUCGGGCACGGUGCCGACAUGUUGGCAAAGGAUGAAGAACAAAAUAGUCCACUGCACGUGGCAGUCGAAAACAAACAAACGCUCGUUGUGCAAAUGUUGUUGGAAGCAGGAAAUCCGACAAACUUGGAAAACAGUAAAGGACUAACUGCGUUGCACAUAGCCAGUAGCCAUGGAUGUCGAGGAAUAGUGGAAAUGCUAUUAUCAGCCGAUUGUGACAUCGACAGACAGAGCAAAAAUGGAAACACUUCUCUGCACAUGGCAUGUUUGUCUAACAACGUAGUGAUUGCAGAAAUAUUGAUUUCUAAAGGUGCAGAUCUCAAUGCCUUGAACAUGAGGUUACAGUCUCCGAUUCAUAUAGCCGCCGAACAGGGAUAUUCAGAAAUCUGUAAGCUCCUAUUGAGUGCCGGUGCCAACAUCGAACAACGUGAACAGGGAGGCAAAACACCAUUAUACAUAGCAGCUAGAGGAAGUUUCACAGCUAUCGUGGAUAUGAUUAUAAAAACCGCUCGUUUAGAGUACACACCCAAGAAACGAACUAGACCGAAAACGCCAGAAGAACGGAGAAAAUGGAAGUGCAAUCCGGACUUAGACGUUUCGAUAGCACUACAAGAAACUGACGCAAAUCUAGAAGCUAUAUUACGAAAAUUAUCCCAUAAACAACUGAGUCCCGGCGAAUGGAAAAAACUGGCUCAUUUGUGGGCAUUUACAGACGAACAGAUCAAAGCGAUCGAACACCAAUAUAUAGGUCCGUCCAGUUACAAACAACACGGUUAUAGAGUGUUGAGAAUUUGGGUCGAUAGUUUAGGCCCCGAUCUUGACCCCAUAGAAGAACUCAUCGAUAGUCUAAAUACCAUCGAAAAGAAUACGCUAGCAGAUGCAAUUUGCAAGAAGUUAAUGCGGCAGAAGGAAAAAAAUGUGAAAAAACCUGAAGAAAAAACCUGUGUUAUUUCUUGAAGUCAUGUCACGCACAUUUUUGUGUUUGAUUUUCAGUUUUUAUUUGUUUAUUUUUCUUCGGACGUCUUUAUAAACAGUGUAUUCACAGUUUUUGAAUAAUUGUUCAACGUUUAUAAU